AUGGCUAACGUGUCAUCGCUUGAUGUUGGAGUUUUGUUUCUUGUCGUGGUGGCAGCAUCUUUGGCGAACGGUUCCUCAUCCAGCAAAGAUGUGAACCAGAGGAGGGAGAUGGAAGUGGUUAAGCUGAGCACGCUCAUGCCCGGUGGCACAGACGACCUCACUGGUGUCACUUCACACGCUGGAUUUAAGCCCUGCUCUGGCUGUGACCUGCCCGGGGCCAGGAGGCGUUCAAAGAGAUGCACAUGUUACAGUUACAAAGACAAGGAGUGUGUCUAUUACUGCCACCUGGACAUCAUCUGGAUCAACACACCAGAGCACACUGUACCGUAUGGUAUUUCCAGUUACCAGGGUUCCUUGCGCUUGAGGCGCUCUGCUGGGGCUGAGCAGGAGAGGAGAGGGACGAUGGCCCAGCGCUGUGCAUGCACACAGCAGAGCGAUUCUGACUGCAGCAACUUCUGUAUAAACAGCAGGCAGAGGAGGCCACCCUUAGGAGCACCUAAUAAAGACAAGAGGACAGCAAGUCAGCGCAGCAGCCCUGCUGUAAAAUGAACACCCAAGUGACAUGCUGAUUGUCUGAAAGAU